AUGACUACUACAUCUAGAUACCACUCCUCAGAUAACUCAGAUCACUCGUUAACAAACUCAAUAAUAGCUGAUGAAAACAACUCACUAACUGAUUAUUGCAACGAUGAUGAUGAUGUAGGAGGAAAAGAAGAUACUCCAAUGACUACCUCUUCAGCAUCAGCAUCAGACUCACAGACCGAUGAGUCAAUACACAACAACAACAAUAACAACGACAACAAAAACGAGAACAGUAAAAUGCAUAGCCACUACAACCUCCCGCUGACUAAACCACCUUAUUUCAAACCACCUACAUUCACUUUAGGAGGAGAACAACCCAAUAGGCUAUACCCUUCAAUAUCCACAUCCAAUAACAAAAGAGUGGCAUCGCCACUAUCUCGGUCACCAGUAAUCAAGGCUGUGCAGCCACAACACCCACCACCACCUCACCCUAUAUGUCCAUUACCACCACACCCACACAAGUUGGAAAAUAACAAAAAGACCCCAUCGUCAGAACAAUUUGCACCAUCACCUAUUCCUAGAAUAGAUAACAACAAUACCAACAGCAACAGGGAUGUAUCUCAACAAAGAGACGCCAAUGACAGCUUACAAGAUCUUUUAAAAUUCCCGUCAGAGUCAUCACAUGCUUACUCAUAUGCUCAUUUAUCCCCCAAUUCAUUAGCCCUUCGACUCAAUGUUUUAAAACGUUCAUUGGAGAUUUUGAAAGAUCGUCCAGAAUUGUUUAAAUCUAUAACUAAUCAAGACCAUUUUGAACAAGAAUCAACACCUUUACAAAGAUCCAUAACCAACACGAUCAUUGAUGAUACUUCUAUAAUGGAUGGCGACGAAGCAAAUACAACAGACGUAGCAGCAAGUUCAAUUAGAUCAAGUGUAUUUUCACAUCCAAAUCAUAGUGCUGACUAUAUACAUGAUGUUUCAUCACCAACAACUGCUUCCAAGACCAUGGAUAAGAAAAAAUACAAACUUCAAUCAAAUGCAUCAUCGGCAGCUUUGGCAGCUUUGUUUAAGCCAUCACUCCAAAGAUCAGAUAGCCUUCCUAUAGUUAAUAGAGAUGCAAGAAAAGUUUCAGCACCAUCAAACUUGCAGCAAGAUGCCAUUGCCGAAAAGAAGAGACAACAACAACAGCAGCAGCCGAAGCAGCAACAGCCAAAGCAGCUAGGCUCCACCGAUGACUACAAAGACGUCAUUGAUUUACUUGAACACGACUUGGAUUCUUUAAUGGAGAAUACUCAAGUUGCAACAUCACUACAUGAUUUGUCGCUUUCAACUCAUGACGAACAGAGUAAAAUCAAGUAUGACUUAUUGAAAAAAAAGUUGAUUUAUGCAUUGGCUAUGCCAUUUGUUGAAAACUCAGCAGCAACUUCAGAGAUAUUAGAGAAUAGCAUUAAAGAACCAAUAACAACAACAACAACAUCUACCGCAUCGCCAAUGUCAACUACGUUUUCAACAGUUGCAUUGAAGGAGCUUGCCAGGAUAGAUCAAAUGGGGGACAAAUCGCUGAAUCAAUCACCAAUCACUCCAACAUCUACAAAGCAAGAGAAUUUUAAUGCCAAACGACCAUUCAAUUCCAUGCUCACGAGCAAAUACUCCUCACCGCAAUCAAUCUUUACAGUUGAGGCGGAUUUGCCAUGGUCAGUAAAAGCUGCAAACGAUUUAGCAUGUCUCAUGUUUGGAAUAUCAAAAACAACUAUAAAGGCAUUGACAUUGAUGGAUUUAAUUGCUCCACAAUUUCGUGAUUUUGUCUUGUCAAGAAUCACUGAAUACACUUUUGAAAAUAGCCGCAAGGAUUCAAUAUUGUUUGCCGGUGAAAUUGUGGCCAUUGUUCGACCUGGUGAUCAAAACUACUCAUGGACUUCACUUUGGGCCAAGAAGAAGGGCAAUUUGAUCAUUUGUAUGUUUGACCAAAUACCAUGUGAUGCUUUUGAUGUGAUUAUACUGGGGGUUGGAGGUAAACAAGAUUCAGGGUUUUUUGGCAACUCGUAUAAGAUUGACAAUUUUCAUGAAAUUGCUGGUGGUAUGUCAUCAGUUUACGGGUUGGAUAAAGUUGGGUCAUUGACAGAGCUUAGUGAAACAAUGAGUAAUGAAUUGAUGAAUUAUGGCUCAGGCAAUAAUGAGGUGAAAAGCGCUGCGCGUGAUAGUGAAUUUAUCAAUCACACAAGGUAUUUCACAAUACAAGUUGAUCAAGGAGCUGAGAAUAUCCCCUGCGCUAUUACAUCAACUGCACUUCUGUUGGAUGAUGACGAUGAUGGUGAUGCUGAGCCACAAAUCAAAUUGAAAAUCCACACCAUGCCGUAUAUUGCAGGUAUCUUUGUGUUGAAUGGCACUGAUUUUACCAUUAUGUCAUGCAACAAUGCCAUUGCCAAAAACUUGUUUGGCCGAUCAGCCAAAUACUUGCGUAAUCGAAAAAUUGAUGAAUUAAUACCUAAUUUCACCAAAAUCUUGAGUGUUGGCCUUGAAAAAAACAUGGAAACUUUUCAAGUUGUUAACGGAUUAGUAUUGCCAGAACAUUUUUUCAGGAAAUACGAUUCAGUGAUCAAAUAUCAACAACAGUCUCCUGACGAAAUUGAAUCUGAGGAAGAUAUAUUUUUCAAAUGUCCUGGAAUUGAAGGUAAACAUCGUGAUGGCAAGACACUAUAUGUGGAUGUACAAGCUCGUGUAUCAACAAAUAAUGCAUUGAUCUUGUGGGUGACGUACUCGCGAACCAAGAAAGAUGUUAGUUUGACUUCUGAGCUUGAAGCUUUGAGCUCAUCAGCAUCGUCAAUGUCAUUGGCUUCUUCUACCGAUGAUCAUUCGGUGGUGUCAAUACCAUCGCGGACACAAACACAGUCGAAUUUGUUGAACCUGGGAGAGGCGGCACAAAUUCAUUCUCAACAACCACCACAGCCGCAACAAUCAUCACAACAGCCUCCGCAGCCACAACAACCGCAACAGCAGCAACAGCAGCAACAGCCUCCGCAGCCACAACAGCCACAACAACCACAACAGCCACAUCCCAAUCAUCAUUACCUUAACCAAUUGGCUCUCACCCGUACUAGAACUCAAACAGGUGGAUCAGCAGCGUCAGCAAACAACAUCCCCUCACAACGAAAGUUGUUUGAAGAUGGUAAAGAAGAAGACUUGUUGGAGUUCUCGCCGAGGGAAGUUACUCGCUCACUGAGCACGCGUCGAGUAAAGACGUCGUCGUUUGCUAUGCCCAUGACCAGCUUGGACAGCUUUAUCUACAAAAAGACCAAGGCAGAUGAGAUUAGAGAUGGCGAUGCUGCCAAUAAAUCUCAAGAUAUCGAUUCGAUUGAUCUGAAGGAUAUAAUGAUGACUCCUGCUGAUCUAGACUACAAUAUCCCCUCCACUGCAUUUUCCGAAGAGGAAAUUUUGGCAUUGGAAAACCAAUCGUUAUCCACAAUCAAGGCUGAAUCUACCCACUGGCCCAAAGAUGUUGGUUUAACUAGACGCACCAAAAAGUUUUCUGAAUUCAAAAUCAUUAAACAAAUGGGUGAAGGUGCAUAUGCGAAAGUUGUGUUGGCUCAACAUAAAGAAGACCCAGUAUACAAGAUAAUCAUCAAGUGUAUUGACAAGGAAAGAAUUCUUGUUGAUACUUGGGUUCGUGAUCGUAAAUUGGGCACCAUCCCUAGUGAGAUUCAAGUUAUGGCAUUUUUAAACUCAGAACCGCAUCCCAACAUUGUUCGCAUCAUUGAUUUCUUUGAAGACCUGAAGUAUUAUUAUCUUGAAACUCCCAUUUUUGGCAACCCCCCAGCAAUUGAUUUAUUUGAUUUCAUUGAAGUUAAAAAGGAUCUUUCUGAAUUUGAAUGUAAAUUCAUUUUCAAACAAAUUGUAUCAGCAGUUUAUCAUUUGCAUAAAGAAGGUAUAGUUCAUCGUGAUAUCAAGGAUGAAAAUAUCAUUGUUGAUGAAAACGGGUUUAUCAAAUUGAUUGAUUUUGGAUCUGCCGGAUAUGUCAAACAAGGUCCAUUUGAUGUGUUUGUGGGAACAAUUGAUUAUGCAUCACCCGAAGUGUUAAGAGGUGAAAAAUAUGAAGGUAAACCGCAGGAUAUCUGGGCAUUGGGGAUCUUGUUGUAUACGAUGCUUUAUAAAGAGAAUCCAUUUUAUAAUGUUGAUGAGAUUAUGGAGGGCGAUUUGCGGAUUCCUUAUGUUGUUAGUGAUUUGAGUUUACUGUUGGUUAAACGGAUCUUGGUUCGUGACGUGGACAAGAGACCGACAAUUACUGAUAUUUUCGAAGAUGAUUGGUUAAAGUUUUGA